AUGGCUGCUGACAUUCACAAGAAGAAAGGCUGGGAAGUCCCCAACGGGUCCUUGGUGCCAGCAGAUGGGCAACCCACAGAGAGGUCGGAGAGCCCCACCCCAGGGCUGGCUCAGGGCAUGGAACCAGGGGCAGGCCAGGAGGGGGCGAUGUUUGUUCACACCCGGUCCUACGAGGACCUGACGAGCCCUGAGGAUGGAGACGUCGUGUCCAGGAGCUCUGAGGAAGGGCGAGGGGACCAGGCAGACCAGACCAGCAUAGAACAGAUCAGCAAGGACUUCAGUGAGCUCAGCACACAGCUGACAGGCAUGGCGUUAGACCUGGAGGAGGAGAUGAGGCCGAGCCAGGAGGACAAGAUGGAUCUCUCGCUGCAGACGGCCCGGAGGGACUCAGCGCGGUCAGAGAAGGAGGACGAGGACGUGACCAUGGAGACCUGGCGCAUGCAUCAGAAGCAUGUGUUCGUGCUGAGCGAGGCGGGCAAGCCAGUGUAUUCCCGCCACGGCUCAGAGGAGGCGCUGUCCAGCACCAUGGGAGUGAUGAUGGCCCUAGUGUCCUUCCUGGAGGCAGAGAAGAAUGCCAUCAGGUCUAUCCAUGCAGAUGGCUACAAGGUGGUCUUUGUGCGCCGGAGCCCCCUGGUGCUGGUGGCCAUGGCCCGGACGCGGCAGUCGGAGCAGGAGAUCGCCCAUGAGCUCCUCUACAUCUACUACCAGAUCCUCAGCCUGCUCACCUGGACCCAGCUCAACCACAUCUUCCAGCAGAAGCAGAACUAUGACCUACGCAGGCUGCUGGCGGGCUCCGAGCGCAUCACUGACAACUUGCUGGACCUGAUGGCUCGGGACCCCAGCUUCCUGAUGGGUGCCGCGCGCUGCCUGCCAAUGGCAGCGGGGCUCAGGGACACCGUGAGCACCUGCCUCCAGCAGGCCAAGGCCAAAAGCCUGGUGUUCUCCAUCCUGCUGUCCAGGAACCAGCUGGUGUCUCUGGUGAGGAGAAAGGACCAGUUCCUGCAUCCCAUUGACCUGCAUUUACUCUUCAACCUCAUCAGCUCCUCCUCCUCCUUUCGUGAGGGCGAGGCCUGGACUCCUAUCUGCCUGCCCAAGUUCAACUCCAGCGGCUUCUUCCAUGCCCACAUCUCAUACCUGGAGCAGGACAUGGACCUGUGCCUGCUCCUGGUCUCCACCGACCGUGAGGACUUCUUCACUGUCUCCGACUGCAAGCGCCGCUUCCAGGAGCGCCUGUGGAAGCGUGGCGUGUCCCAUGCCCUGCAGGAGGCCCUGCGCACCCCCUUCUACAGCGUCUCCCAAGUGGGGAUCCCGGACCUCAGACACUUCAUCUACAAAUCCAAGAGCUCGGGGCUCUUCACCAGCCCUGAGAUUGAGGCUCCCUAUGUCAGCGAGGAGGAGAAGCAGAGGCUGCUGGAGCUAUACCAGUACCUUCACAGCCGUGCCCACAACUCCUCCCGCCCCCUGAAAAACAUCUACUUCACAGGACCCAGCGAAAAUCUCCUGGCUUGGGUGACCAGUGCCUUCGAGCUCUACGUAUGCUACAGCCCCCUGGGGACCAAGGCAGCCGCCGUCAGCGCUGUCAACAAGCUGAUGAAGUGGAUCCGCAGGGAAGAGGACCGACUCUUCAUCCUGACACCGCAGACCUACUGA